GUGAGUUGUCAGCAGUAUUUAGAAGAUGGUUACAAGACCAGUGGAGUGUACCAAUUAUUUGUCGAUGGUCCUUGUAAAAGACCAGUCAAUACUAUUUGUGACCAGUCGAAACUUUACGAAGGAGGAUGGACUCUUCUGGUAAUGUAAACUUUCUACCCCACCCUACCUAUGAAAAUGGGAAUAAAAUAAGAUGGAUGUGGUGCAUACUGGUUCUAACUAGAACUGCCCUGGAUCGCCCCAUGUAAGAGAAACCAAGAUUCUGGAUUCCACGAAGAGGAUUCCGGGUUCCAGGUACUGGAUUUCACUCCACAAGCAUUCGGAUUCCACAAGCAAAAAUUUCCCGGAUUCUGGAAUUGGUAUUCUCUUAUACGGGGUGACCUGGAUCUCGAGACAUUGGACAAAAUUUUACGUUUGACCAUUCAAAUGAAACCUCAUUACUAGCAGCCGCAGUGUUUUUCUAAGUUAUUAGUUCAAUAUGACGUUCGCAUACUUUCUUGAAUUUAUGUUCUGAACAGCACUUCUAAGAGUUGAAUUAAUAGAAUAGGAAGUGAGAAGAAACCCGUCGUUCAGCAAGCCUGAAUAGCUAGUUCUAGAACAAUGGAGUGUUUUGCUGAAUUUGAAAAACUGAACGCUGCAAACUGUUAAUGUUAUUGGCGUUUUUUGGGGGGUUUAAGACAUGUUAUAUUUGUGACCAAGUUUUCUUCUCCAUAACGAAACAAAUGUUGAUCUAUGAGUGACCAUCGUCUUUGAAAGAAAUGCCGAAAUCGGCUGUCAGAUUGAGGAUGGAAACCAACUCACCUUUCUUGAUGUUUAAAUCCUGUUAGGUACAAGUCAUUUCCAACAAAGGCUGGAACCAAGGAACAGUGCUUCAAAGAAACUCUUAUGCCAAUGCUCGCAAAUUAAAACAGUCGGAUUUCUCCAUUUUAGGAAAAGCGAAUACCAUUAAGUCUGACUCACUUAAUAAAAGUCCCUUCUAUUACCGGCUUGAUGCAAAAGAGGUUGGCCGCUGGGGCGGAGUAUGGCAGGCUCCAAGUCACUACACUUUUACUGGGACAUUUAGCAAUUUAACUGGUGUAUCUUUGAUAAAAAAGUUUGACAAUUGGACAAGUGGUCCUUUUGCUAUUAGCAACCGCAUGCCUUGGUUACCGAAAGGGGACGAGUUUGCAUUACUAACUACAAACAACAGAAUGAUACAAGAAAUUCCCUGGGGUACCAUAGUGACCCAGAAGAAUUGGCCUUCACCCUGGAUAUAUGAAAAGAUGCCUUUCCCCGGGCGAAUCUGGUACUGGUUAAAAGAGAACAAGAAAGGUGUGUUUUUAUUGGCUAACAAGAAAAAGUGUAGACCGGUAUCUAUAACGCCUACCAAGAAAUAAUUUUGUGGAAUAUCCUAUUUUAGUCGCAUAAACCGCGGCCUUAGCGCCAUAUACUCGCAUGCCGAUAUAAUCUAGACAAAAAUUAAUUAAGGUGCUGUGACGGUCGCCUGGGCAAGUAGGCCAUUUCCGAGUGCAUCAAGUCUCCGUUUCAAAGCGAGGCUAACUGCGAAGCCAGAGAUACGGUUUCCUUUUCUGUAACCGAGAUAUGAAAAUAAUUUAAUCUCUCAACUACAUCUGCUGGAAAUAUAUAAAAUGGUAGGAGCUUAAAGCGAUGAAGUGUAGAAACUGGAAAGGAAAACUUUUUCUGAACUUUUCUGCGCAUGUAAACCUCCCCCAACGGAAAACUAACAACCUGUUCGAAUCAAGGUCAAAGUCGUUAUGAUCUAAAACUUCUUUUUUGUAUUAACAACUUGCUCUAACAGCUCGUGUAAUAUAAACUUUUUUUUGUCUUUUAGCAUACAAGGAGCCAGACGUUGGUUGCCCCGUUCAACUUCCUUUGCCAGGUACUGACUUCUAUCUGAGCCAAUCAACCUGAUAAAUCCUUCCUUAACUCAUGAAGACGAAUGUCCAGCGGUUUCUUUGCUCCGGCUCUAAUCUGAUCUAGAUAUAAAUUUUCAACGAAGUAAAAGAUCAAAGAUAAGACUUAAAAGAUAAAGAUAAAACUUUUAGGACAGACAGCCAAGACAUCGUCGAACAUCGGUAGACUGGUGAAAAGCAUUACACAGGAGAUGGACUUGGAACCAGUGUGAAACAACUCUAGUAUUCAGGAAUCUAUGUUUUACUUCUUGUGCGCGAAAAACGUUCUCAUACUUUGCAUAAGAAGCACCAUGGUGCAGAAACGUGUUGCUACUGAAGCACUUUCCUUUUGUAUGGUUUAAAAUUGAGGCCACCGGCGGUAUCUGGUGUUUUAAAAUUACAGCUCCAAAAUUUCACCGUCAAAAUUAAUUAGCACCAGGUUACGAUUCUCUUUACCAUAAUCACUUCCCUCCCUUAGCUGAUGGUGGAUACAGUUCAUGGUCAGCCUGGAGUGAAUGUAGCAGGACGUGUAGCACAGGGUUCAAAGUCCGUGGGAGGUUUUGCAACAAUCCACGCCCCGCCAACGGUGGAAAAGAUUGUUCCAGGCUAGGUCCUCCACGUGAGACAUUCGUGUGUAAGCCAUGGCCACCAUGUGACGGUAAGUAUAUCUCCCCUCCCCCUCCCCCCCAUGUAAAGGAAUUCUGGAUUCCAUGCCAUGGUUUCCGGAUUCCAUGUACUGGAUUCCGGAUUGUUUGUCAGUGGAACUUGGAUUCCGGAUUACAAUUGUUAGUGGGAUUCCUGAUUCCUUUAGCUUUAUUACGGAUUCCAAAGUCCAGGAUUAUCGAUUUCCUGGGUUCCGGAACCCGGAUUCCCUUACCUGAUGGUGGGCGAUAUAUCCUUAUCAGGGACCUUAAGCAAGGACGACGACGACGGCAGUGAAAACGUCGGUAAAGAAAUGAAUUUGCGUUCUUUCAAACUUAAUCGCGUCUAUUUGGACCCGCUCAAUAUGUGAAAUACAGGCGACUUUUCCUGGAGUUGAAUUCGUAAGGAUUUUAUUCAGCUUCAAAAAGAUAAAGGAAAAGUCGUCGUCUCAUGUCCACGUCCUCCAUAAAACGUCAAAUUAGGAGGUUUCACGUCGUAGUCGUGCAGUGGACGUCAAAGAAAUGCACUAAAAAGCGUGACGCACGUGCAGAGUUGUUGUUUUGGUCAUUAAAUCUAUUGUUGUUUUGAAGUCGUCGUUGUGGUCGUCGUUGUAGUUGCUUAAGCUCCCUAAUAACGGCUGGUCAAAAAACAGCAACAAGCUCACAGACCCACACUACUGAAAGUCAGUUAGCCGCAGCUCUAAACAUACAAACCGUGGAUUUGGCUUGUAUUACAUGGAGUUUAUUUCAUGGCACUUAUGGCAUGAAUUCCUGUACGGUUAACCUUGGACAUAAAUGGGCCUAAAUAAGUUUGGCCAUUAUAAGAGUUAAUGUCAAUGAAUUUAAAUACCUUACAUUUAAUGUUGGCUAAUCGAGGAGCUCAAAAAUUCGCUCCUAAUUAACAGAGAAAAUGUAAGCACCAUGUUAAGUAAUCAAGAAAGCUUUAGAUGCUGGAUUUCUUACUGUGGAUUGCGGAUUCCUUGUCUGUGGAACUUGGAUUAGGGAUUCGAAUCGUCAGUGGGAUUCUGUGUUCAUUGAGCUUAGUUCCGGAUUCCAAAUUCCUCUAUUCCGGAUUCCACUAGAAUACCUUAAUUGUCAGUUUGUUUCAAAGCCUUAAAGUUACAAUUCCUUACUUUUAUUUGCAAUGACACUCUCCUGCUCAGGUUUCCCUAAGCACAGCCCACUUCGAAGCCCUAACGGAUUAUGUUUAAGUCCAAAACACCACUCAUGUACUGCCAGUGAAUCAGAACCCCUUGUAUUCGACUCGGAUUGUAUAAGCGACUCCACGUGGUUUCUACUACGCGACGACGGUACUCUCCAGCACGCAUGCUCAGAGAUGUGUGUUAGGCCGCUGAACAGUAGUGGCGUGCCUACUGAGUGGACCCCGGUGGGGCUGUCUUCUUAUGCCUGUGAUGACCAGACUCAAAGGUUAGAUUUGUAUCACACGUUGAAAACAAUAAAGCGGAAUUAAGAAACUAUGAUCACGGGCACCCAACAACUUUUUUCCAGUGUGAAAUAAAUGUUCGAAGGAGCGAACAUUGCCCAGAAAUUUAAAAAGCUCGCGAAAAGCUAAAACAUUUUGGGCAUCCGUUCCAUUCGUCUAAGAUAUUUGGAGGUUACCUACUACCCCAGCUACAAUUUUCGGAGGUUGUAUUAUUCACAUUUUAAUACCAAGAUAUGGCGAAUAUAAAGGUCUCCUGAAAAUUUUGGUAUAAAGAGAAAACGAGAGAAAUGAAGCCAGUUAGACUUCUUUGUUAUAUUUACUUGUGAACUUGACUGUGUAUAACACUCAAUAGCACUUUAUCCCAGUAAUUCAUUCGGUCACAAUUUGUGCACAAAAAAACAAAGGAUUUGUGUAUAGUGUGAGAGCUCCCAUCAUAAACUGCAGUACCGUUGUCUUUGUCUUUGCUGUUCGCCGCCUUUUAUAAUCAGUCUCCUCUAUUAUGUUUAAACACAAAUGGCCAAAAGAAAAUGAUAGAGGAUAACCUUCUAGUUUGAGUUAAGUACCCCCUAUUACCCUUACAAAAGAAUUAUAGAAAUGGUCUCUAACUUUAACAUAAACCUUUCUAUCUGGUUGUUGUUAGAUUUCAAAAGACUCAAGGCAUGGCUCAGGGCAAAGCCAUUCAAUAUCGUACCGGGGGAAUGUGCUUACAGUCCAUCAGCGGCAACACCCCAGCUAAAGGAGAUAUUGUGUCCUUGGGUAAAAAAUGCAUGGAGGGAUCAGACGCGUACGACAGGGUGUUCACAUUCCCACAUCCUGGUAAAUGUUUCUCUUCGUUAUUGCGUUUGAGGUACGAGAACGCAACCCCUAAUUUCUGUUGGGCUUCUGUGCAUUGUUGGGUGUCCUGUGCAAUUAAUAAGCGAGUUUUUUUGAGAUUGCAUUUGUGUCGACACACAUUUGCCUCGCUUUGAGGCGCUUGCUUACGUUUUGCCUCACUUUGACGCACUAACUCACAUGGUGAUUCGUGUGUCCUCAGCGUUCACCUGAGAUAUAAAAAGUUCUAUCUCAGCGAUCGCUGGAGAAUGGUUUCCAUAUGAUCGCUGAACUUCUUUUUCUCAGCGAUCGCAGCGAUCAUAUGGAAACCGGGCUUAAUCUAUCGCAAUAACCAUCCACCCUUCCUCCUCAACUGCUACCUGUUCGCCUUACAAACAUGAUGAACGCAGUCUCCUAAGCUCCCAUUACUCCUAGUAAAUAGGACAAGAUAUUCCCAAUACUAAGUGGAACGCGCUCGUGAGCGUCAUUUUGGCGGGAAAACGUGAUAGCCGUCGUCUNCGCAACCCCUAAUUUCUGUUGGGCUUCUGUGCAUUGUUGGGUGUCCUGUGCAAUUAAUAAGCGAGUUUUUUUGAGAUUGCAUUUGUGUCGACACACAUUUGCCUCGCUUUGAGGCGCUUGCUUACGUUUUGCCUCACUUUGACGCACUAACUCACAUGGUGAUUCGUGUGUCCUCAGCGUUCACCUGAGAUAUAAAAAGUUCUAUCUCAGCGAUCGCUGGAGAAUGGUUUCCAUAUGAUCGCUGAACUUCUUUUUCUCAGCGAUCGCAGCGAUCAUAUGGAAACCGGGCUUAAUCUAUCGCAAUAACCAUCCACCCUUCCUCCUCAACUGCUACCUGUUCGCCUUACAAACAUGAUGAACGCAGUCUCCUAAGCUCCCAUUACUCCUAGUAAAUAGGACAAGAUAUUCCCAAUACUAAGUGGAACGCGCUCGUGAGCGUCAUUUUGGCGGGAAAACGUGAUAGCCGUCGUCUUUCUACGACGGGUUUUGGUCAAAAUGUCGUAGUAGAGGAAACAAGUUAUCAAAUGUUUGAAGUUUUAUCAUUUUACGUUCGGAAGAGGGCUUACCCGCCUACAAUAAAAAUAACCAUGCUAACUUUUCACGUGAAAGAAAAAGUAGUAUGGAGCUUUCCGGGACAAGAUAAUAAUCCUAUCAGCAUGGAUCAUUAUACGUUUCUGGGAAACUGCCCACCUACCCCUCCCCGAAACCAACAUUAAACCUUACUUCUCACUUAGGGCAAAAUAUUGGCUUAAGGGAGGGGCAGGUGUGCAGUUUCCCAGAAACGUAUAAUGAGAACAUCCCGUCCCCGUAGUUGUCCUCGUCUUCGAAUCUAAAGGUCUCUAAAAAUAUCUUUAAAAAUUAGUUAUAUUAUUACGCUAACCAAUUUCGGGCGGAUUCAAAGCCAGAUGUUAUCUCCUUUAACACUUAUUCGCGCACUCAUUUUUAAAGUCGGAUUUUCUGGUUUCUCCUCCCACCCUCAAAGAACAACAAAGAUAUUUCAGCCGAGUGUUAGCGCAUGCAGUGUUUUCCUAGAUACGAGUAUACUCCUGAUCAUUUGGUUGCUCAGUAUUUUACAUCACCACACAACUUUUUCAGAUUGUGCCUAUGGCCUGCAAACCGGCCUGAUGGGUGAUUCGCAUUUGAGCAGUAGUUCUAUGCCUGGCAGUAAUUAUGCAGCACCUUAUGGAAGAUUACGGAACAGGACUAGUGCUUGGUGUCCAAGAAGGUAAGGACGUUAAAUGCCUCAUUACAAUCACAUUUCAUGGAUUGAGGCACCAUUAAACAUUCUAGAAUCGUCAAUGUAAAUAUGUGAAAUAAAUAACGUAGGAGAAUGGGGCAACGGCCUGUAAAAGGAUUUUGAAAGAGCUCUCAUCGUAUCAUAAGAUCUCCUCCAGUUAAAAAGUGGUUUACAUGGAUAAAAAAUAAAUUCUCCAUCUAUAAGCCACUUUUAGCCUUCGCAGAUCAGCUUGAGUGAGAAACGGUAUUUUUAUGCCAGGAUCAUACCUCAUAACUAGUUGUUAAAUAACAAGAAGAGGAAUUCAUAUUUACUCAAGUAAAGCCAAGUAAAGUUUUCUUCAGUAUGCAUAAGAAAAAUACGCAACAGUGGAAAGUCACCCUAAAUGACCUUCCCGUCUUACAGAGGUGAACGCAUAGUUCUCAUGCGUCAUUUUCCCAAGCGGAUUGAAGUUGCUACUGGCAAAAAAGACGCGAAUCAUUUAUACGAGUUUCUCGCGCUUAUAUAAGAUAUGUUCGUAUAGCUGGUACAUUUCGCGUCUUAAGACGGUUCUUAAAUUUUUGCUGGUAUAAAUGGCCCCAUUACUUACUUAUUUUGUGAACUUCUUGAUACAAAUGGACAGCAAACACGUAUGAUUCUGUUCGGUAAAAAAGUUAUGUGUGCUAUCUGCUUUUGUUUUAUAUUUCAGUGAUGAUAAAAAUCCAUAUCUUGAAGUUGAUCUUGGUUAUCCAGACGAAAUAAAAGGUGUGGCUACUCAAGGCAAAGAUAUCCAAGACGGGAAAUACUGGUUUGUGAGAUCAUUUGCGAUGAGUUUCAGCCUGGAUGGGAAAACAUGGUUUAACUACACUGGAGAUGGAUCGAGAACUAAGGUCAGCGUGGAGGAGUGCGUUCUCUAGCUUUUGUCCUAUUUAGUACACUUAGGCGAAACAAAUAACAAAAAAAAAAAACCCGAAUUGAUAUUUAGGUGGAAAUGGAGAAAGCAAAGGAGAAAAAAAAGGAAAAAUAAGGUGCCUUAACCUAGCAAAUAAAUAAAUUGGCUUUAGGAUCAGUGAAAGAUUCUUGGAAGCUGUUACAAUUUCAUUUCUAUCAACACGACCUAUAACUAAAACAUAAAAGAAGGAAGAAAAUGACGGUUCUAGCAAUUUGGAGGCUGCGCUGGAGACUGGGUGGGUUUAAUGUCGAAUUGCACUAUGGGACAGACUUGGAAGAAGAAUUUCAACCCAGUUUCUCGCACAACUUCGUAAGAGACAGCGUUCCCAAAACAGUCCCAUAAUACAAUUCGAUACGACACCGAUCCAGUCCCCCGCUCAAAAUUUAAUUGGCCUAUUGUCAGCUGAUGCUACUGGUACUGUAUAUCUGUAUGCAGAUUUAGGCUUUGUAUGCUUUUUAAAGGGGUUACGUCACGAGGAUAUUGUUGUUCUAAGUCAAUUCUGUAGUGACGUCAUUACUUAGUGCCUUUACCCAUACACACACUGCUCCAGUCCAGUUACCAUGAAGAUGUCAAGUCGCAAAUUUCAUUAGCGAGCACUAACCAUAAUAAUUUGUUUUGGCGAUUUUUGCAGUCGAAGUAUUAAAAAUUGAAAGCGUGCACAGCUUUUUUUAAGUGUCAUUAUCCAUGUCCAUCCUUGUCAUCCGUUGUAAUAGACGACACGAAACAGUUUCAAAACCUAAGUACAGUCUUCAAUAACAAAUCUGGACCAUUAUGUCUGGAAUUCAACUGAUGGGAAAAAAGGUUUAGCUUUUUAAAAAGGUAGUAAAUAAUAUAAAAUAGCACCUUUAAGUUACUCUUGAUUCCGUCUUUCUUCUCAGUUUAGAUCAAACUGCUGUGUCGUUGAACUAUUGUCUAACAAAGUUAACCGAGAUUGAUCUCACUUUCAGGUUACUAAUGUUUUCUAUUCAUAACAUUCUCAGAUAUUCAUUGGUAAUUCUCAUCCAUUAAUUGUGGAGCCAAAUCCAAUAGAACCCUCAGUCACAGCUCGAUAUGUACGAAUAAAUCCAGUUAAUUGGAACCAGAAGCCUUGUCUUAGAUUGGAACUAUACCGAUGUUCCAUUAGAGACGGUGAGUACUAA